CUCGCCGUGGCGCCUGAAUAAGUGCAAUGUGUCACCGCUCACUGCUGUGAUUGGGGCUAAUCUCCGAAACAGGCGCACUGCCCCUGCUCCCGCCGUCUGGGGUAGCGGCCUCCUCCGCACGCGGUAUUUACUUCAUCCCAAUAAUAAUAAUUGAUAACAGCGUGCCUCGUCUGAUAAGACCCAACUGCCGUCGACUACGCGCAUAUAUAGAACCCCAAUUCAUCUGUUUUAUCCGUCCAUAGUCUCCUCGACUUCACACUUCUCAUUGUCUGUUCUCCCUUCAGAGGAAUCCGCUGUCACUGGCCGGAAAGCCACCAAAGAUUACAGCAGCCCCUUAGAGAAUGAGAUAUCACCCUACGUCUUUGCGGAACUUUCUCUACAUCCCUUCAGAUGGACCCUGAAAUGACCCUCCCGCUUGAUACGACCAAAUCGGUCGACCAAAGUAUUCUCGAUGCGCGCGACCUCGCCGCCCUGGGCCAUGACCAGGCCCUGUCACGCAAGUUCGACAUCUGGAGUAUGCUAGCACUGGCAUUUUGUGUGCUCGGAACAUGGUCCACCUUCGCCCAAGAUCUCGCCAGCGGCUUGACCAACGGUGGGCCUGUCAGUAUCCUCUGGGGCCUGUGCCUGGUGACUUUUUGCAAUCUUUGUGUUGCCGUGUCACUCGGCGAAUUGUGUAGCAGUAUGCCAACCGCGUUGGGACAGGCAUACUGGGUUCAUCGUCUGUGGGACACACCGACGGGCCGCUUCGCGUCGUACAUGUGUGCUUGGAUCAACACCUUCGGUUGGUGGGCCUUGACUGCCUCACAGAUUGCUUUCAUGACCAAUUUCAUGCUGGGAAUGAAAUUGAUGUUUGAUAAUGAGUGGGCAGGUGCUAGUCAAGGAUGGGUGCAGUUUCUAGUCUACUUGGGCAUUACAGUACUCUUCACCGUCGUCAAUCUGAUUGCCUGUCGCAAGGAGAAAGUUCUCCCAUAUUUUAACAAUUUCGUCGGUGUCUGGUUUGCUGGGCUAUUCGUCGUCUUCUCGUUAGCUCUACUAAUUGCUGUAGGCACCAAAUCUGACCUUCACUACCAACCAGCAUCUUUCGUCUUUGGCACGUGGAUCAAUCAGACUGGUUGGAGUGAUGGUGUUACUUGGUUCACUGGUUUGGUACAAGCUGCGUACGGAUUGACUGCCUUCGACUCCGUCAUUCACAUGGUUGAAGAGAUUCCUGCCCCACGUCGCAAUGCACCUAGGGUAAUCUACCUUGCUGUCGCCUGCGGUGCCCUCUCCGGCUUCAUAUUCAUGCUCGUCUGUCUAUUCUGCAUUCAGGAUGUCAACGCUAUCCUCAACUCUGUAACGGGACUUCCGUUCAUUGAUCUUGUACAGGAGGCAAUUGGCACUCACGGCGGAGUCGCCUUGAUUGCUCUGUUCGAAUUCAAUGGUCUCGGUCAAGGAGUCAGCAUCAUGACGACUUCUUCACGUCUCACAUGGGGUUUUGCUCGUGACUCGGGCCUUCCUUUCAGUAAAUACUUCACCCACGUCGACAAGACCUGGAAAGUUCCCGCACGUGCCCUCUGGCUUCAGGGAACAAUUAUCGGUAUCAUUGGGGUCCUCUACCUCUUCGCCAGCACUGUUCUCACUGCCAUCCUGAGUGUCAGCACCAUCGCAUUAACCAUAUCCUACGGCAUGCCUAUCUUGGCUUUAUUGAUCGCAGGACGCGAUAAACUACCGCCAGGCGGCGAAUUCCGUCUCGGCCGUUUUGGACCCAUUGCAAACUGGAUCAGCGUUAUAUAUUGCUCCAUCACCACUGUUUUCUUCUUCUUCCCUAGCGCACCCAACCCUGCACCAGGCGACAUGAACUAUGCUAUUGCCGUAUUUGGCGUCAUGCUGGUUAUUGCCGUUGGCUUCUGGUUUAUCAAGGGGCACAAGGAGUAUUUGAAGACAGAGGAUGCAGCUCGCAGAAUCCUGGAUGCUCAGCGUUUGGAGGUUGAAGUCGAACCGGAAUCGUCUGCAAAUGUUCCUAUUAAAGCCAACGAUACAAAAAAGCCUUGAUUUGCUCUUUUGAAUCGUUAUUAACCUUGCGUAUAUAGUGUUGAAAUAUGUUAACAAAGCACGGGCCUUUUUAGGAAAUUAAUUACUAUAUAUUCUAUCCUAUAUAUUUCUAUUCCGCUGUUGGGUCGUGCAAUAAGCCAGUUGAUGUAUUAUAUGCCAAGUAUCCUUCUAUGGGUACGAAAAACUUGAAUCAAAUUACAAUGGUUUAAAUAGUACCGAACAUUUCUGAAA